AUGGUGCCAGAAAAGCAGCUAGAAGAAAGGUGCGAGAGGUCCUUGGAGAAGAUCUUCAGGCCCAGCCAGUGUCUGCGCAGCAUUGAGGGCCCCAGGGAAGUGAAAUGCCUCCCUGUGAUUGUGCAGGAUAGGAUGCAGGAGCACUGGCAGAAAGGGCUAGACUUCUCCUCCCUUGGCCAGUGGGAGGAAGCUAUCACCUGCUAUUCAAAAGCAAUCAACUUGGAUCCACAAAGGGCAGAGCUGUACCAGCAGCGGGCAGAGGCCUUCCUCCAGCUCUGUGACUUCCAGUCGGCCAUGCUGAACUUCAGGAAGGCGCUUACCCUGGCUCCUGCGCAACAGCAGCCCUGCCUCGCACGUCUGGCCCUGGUCCUUGACCUGCAGGGCCGAUGUCUGCUCAACCAGGAGCUCUACUGUGAGGCUCUGGAGGCCUUCACAAGGGCAGCCGAGUUGCAGCCUCACUGCAGGGUGUUUCGCCAGAGGAGCAUCAUGUGUCUUGCUGCCCUCAACAAGUUCCCAGAGUGCCUCCAGACGGUUAACAGAGAUCUGAAGGAAGACGUGAGGAACCCUGAUCUAGUGCCAGGCCCUGAUGAUGCCUGGCCUCCUGGGCAGCUGGCCCUGUGUUACCAGGACAUUCAGCAGGCCCUGGAGCUGGAGCCACAGCAUGGAGCUGCCCAAGCUCUGAAGCAGAGGCUGCUGAGAAGAGGCCGAGAGGCCAAGGCUGAGGCAGUGACGAAGGCUCUGCGCGGCGACCUGCGAGGAGCCCUGCUCAAGAUCAGCUUUGCCAUUGAGAAUGACCCCUGGGCUGCCGACUUCUUCAUCCUGAGGGGGACCCUCCUCCGACGGCUCAAGAACUUCAGUGCGGCUUGUGAGGAUUUUGCCAGGGCGAGGGAGCUGGGUGCUGAGGGGGGCCCUGAGGCCCAGGAGGCUUGGCGGCAGCUCGUGCUCACCUAUAAUGACUGCGCUGUGCGCUGCUACGCCCUGGGCCUCUUCGAUGAGGCUGUGAGGCUCCUUGGCGAGGCUCUGCGAAACGAGAAGAGGGAGAAAGGGCUCUACAUCAACAGAGGAGACUGCUUCCUUCGCCUGGGGGAGCUGGCCUACGCACUAGCGGAUUACCAGCAGGCACUGGAGCUGAGCCCAGGGGACUGGGGUGUGCGGAGACGGGUUGCAAUGGUGCUGCAUGAGCAGGGCCAGCAGGACUUAGCGGCGAGGCAGUACCAGGAGGCAGAAGCUCGCUUCUCUGCAGCCAUCAAGCAUGACCCCCACAAACCGCUGUACUACCUGUGCCGGGCCAGGGCCCGUGUGCGCCGGGGGGGAGUGGAGAGUGCAAGGGAGGACGUUGCGCUAAGUCUGUGGCUCGACCCCACUGACAGCGAGGGCAGCAGCCCUCCUGCAGCUGGCUGCGAUAAGAGCAGCGUGUCCUCACACUGCCAUUGCCUGCUGUGGCACAGCUGA